ACAACUUUUUUUUUUAUUGAAAAAAUAUACACAAAUCUUAGAAUGGCCGCUGAAUUACAAUCAUUUAUGGCCCGUAGAGGCGCUAAACCAUUCAUGGCGCUUAUUCUCAUUUCUUGUUUCGCAUUGUUCUCCAGAUACUAUUCGUUUGAUACCAAUACAUCUCAUUACCGUAGAGCGCUCUUUUAUAGAAACGAUUCAUCGUUGCAACAAGGUCAAUUUAAUAGUCAUUUCAGUUGGACCGACGGAAACGGCGGCAUACAUCAAUUGCCUAUCGAGACGGUCUUGUCGAAAUCCUUUUCGCUAUCUUCCUAUUCUGAACAAUCCCAAAUCAUUCCAUACUAUUAUAAGGCCGAAUUGAACCUGACGGGCGAGGAUAUAACGAUUGUUACGCUUGUUACCAGAAAUAGAAUUCCUAAUUUAGCAAGACUUGCUACACAAUAUCAAGGUCCUAUUUCUACUACUAUUCAUAUUUCGGAUGACGAAGAAGGCGAAUACACAUUAGACAUUUUACAGCAAGCUAUGGAAAGAAAUGCAGCAAUGCGUAAAUUUGUUGAUGUUCAUGUGGUCCGUGACGAAUUCGAUCGCGAACUGAACCUUUGGAGAAACGUAGCAAAGCUAUUUGCAAGAACGGAAUACGUCAUGCAACUUGAUAUCGAUUUCUUCCCAUGUACCAACAUUCGCCAGUCUGUACUGAAUAACCCUAAAGCCAUGAAUCUCCUUCGCUCCGGGGAAGCCGCUUUGGUGAUUCCUGCUUUUGAAUAUUCGAAACAAGAAGAAGGCUUGGAUUAUCGUAGCUUUCCAAAGAAUAAGCCCGACCUUGUAAAACAAUACACCGACAAAGAAGUUGAGAUGUUUCAUUCUUUUUGGUUACCUGGUCAUGCACCUACUGAUUAUGAACGUUGGACACAGCAAGAAAAGGACGCCGAAAUCUAUCCCGUCACUUCAUAUCAAUUUUCUUAUGAGCCUUAUGUCAUUUUCAAGAAUCAGGGUUCUCCAUGGUGUGAUGAAAGAUUCUCUGGUUAUGGUAGUAAUAAGGCAGCCUGUCUCUAUGAAUUAUAUAUCUCUGGUGUAGAUUACUAUGUCUUACCAAAUGAUUUUAUUAUUCACCAGACUCAUGCCUAUCCUGAUGAAGCAAGAAAUGUUGAGAGAUACUACAACAGAAGAUUGUAUACUCAAUUUAGAGAAGAAAUCUGUAUCAGACUGGCUCGUAGAUUCAUUGCUCAAAAGAAAUGGGACCAUCCCAAGUCUGAGAAUUUGAGAGAGGAGUGUGCCUCCAUUAAACCAUACCAGAGAGCCAUCGGAAGAUUCGUGUAACCUUUCACGACAGACUCUUUUUAAUUCAACGGCGCUUAAUUAUUUUUACAUACAUACCUCUCUCUACUAAGCCGAAUUUAUUUUUAAAGCCACAAUACUGAACUUUAUGAUAAAAACACUUCAUCUUUUGUACAUUAUCCCCUUCUCCCUCUCAUACACCACAUUUUUAUAUAAACUGUAAAUGGUAUAAUAAACAAUAUAAAACAUGAUGGACACACAUCAAAUCUAUUUGUAUAAGCUUGUCCACGCAUCUUUCAACAUUUCGAAAUAAUGUGGCUCGGAGACUUUGCUCC